AUGAAAGAAUAUCCACUGCCCAUCACAAAGAAAGAUAUCAGAAGGUUUUUGGGAAUGACAUCCUACUACCGGAAAUUCAUCAAAAACUUCGCCGAAAUUUCCGCUAGUUUGACUGAUUUGUUGAGAAAGAAUUGCCCAAACAAAGUUCAUUGGACUGAUAAAAGUGUACAAGAUUUCAAAGCACUGAAAGACGCAUUGACCAAUGCACCUGUGUUGAUCAAUCCAGACUUCAGUAAGAAAUUUGUGUUGCAGACUGAUGCAAAACAGUUUGUGAAGACUGUGGCCAACUAUACUCUGGAAGGUCUGCCGUCCGCAGACAUGUGGUUGUCCAUCACGGCAGAUCAGGCGGGCACCAGUGCACUGACUGUGGACGAGUGUUGUUAA